CUUUGCGAGAUUGUCACGCAAAUCAUGGGAACGUUCCGCGGGAUCGUUUCGCACACCGCACUGUAGUAGGCGUUGACGAUCCUUCGAACUUGGUAAACAUGCCGAACAUGUCCACCGUCAAAACAUCGCUGAUCGUGCUGAACGUGAUCGCGGUCCUGAGCGGCCUAGGACUGGCGAUCGUCGGUCUGAUCAUGAUGAUCAAGUUCUCGGACAUACUCGCCGUCACAGGACGGGAUACUGUGCUGGCCAAUACGAUGAAGCUUACGGUAGUGCUGGGAUGGGCGAUUGCCGCCACGGGAUUCUACGGCAUCCACGGAGUUGUGCGAGGAUCGUAUUCGCUGAUCGUGCUGUACGUCUUCCUGCUGGUCGUGCUGAUCGCAUUCCAACUGGCCAUGGCAGCAUUUCUAUUCCAUAGCAGUGAUAGAAAUCCCUAUCGGGAAGUUGAACGAUUGGAAAUCGCGUUCGAUCAAGCAUUCCUAAGAUCUACGGUGUCCAGCGAACGGAUCGAUCGGUUUCAAGCCACCUACGGAUGCUGUGGAAAGCGAUCGUUUCGGGAUUGGCAGAUCGAUGGCGGACGGAUCCCGAAGUCCUGUUGCGUCGAAGGAUCAUCGGACGCUAGUUGCAGAUCGUUUGCAGAAGGUUGUACGCAAAUUCUAGAAAAGUACAUCCAUCAUGUCACCAAAGGCCUUGGAAUUGGCCUUCUGCUGCUGGCCGCGAUCAAUUUCGUUGCUCUGAUGUCCGCCAGUUGUUUCGCAAACGGAAUCAAGAAUCAAUUGACUUAACUAUGCGGAAACUAAUAGAGGACAUCGUCAUUCUUGUGAUAAAUUAAUUACUACCAUCGUGCGAUCAUACACGGUGAUCACCCCUGAAACCGCUGUCUCAAGGAACGUUUCAUAAAUAAAUCACGCUAAAAAAUAGCUUCCUGCCAACUUCUUUUGGAAUUCUUACAACCUUGUCCCAUCAAGUUCAAGAUUUGCAUAGCUAUAGCAUGUCUCGCACCGCGAUUGUGUAACUUUCCAUCCUUGUGAUCGCCGCCCCGUACAUGGAAUGCAAAGACCCCUGUUUAACACCCCUGUUCACAACGGACCCAGCAAUGUUACCGAUGACCCCCAGGGCGAUCAUUUUUUUUCGUCUUCCAUCCCAUCUUGUCUCGUCGUCUGAGUCGUUU